AUGAAGUGGAGGGCAUGCUUCCACUUUGGCUGGUCGAGCGUUUACCCUCCCUGCGUCGGCGUCAUUUCGUCGAAGCGAUUUUUGAUUCGGCCACAUGGCGCCACCAGCGUCGCCGCAAUGCCAUGGCAACGGCGGAAUUCCGUGAGUCCACCGAUGACGCGCCCGAUAAAACUCGUGCGUUCAAGUGUAUAUCGAGGGGACCAAGGGCUCGUACACUCGACUACAACGGGGUUGGCAAGUUUUGCAUGCACCAACUGCCAGGUCAUGUGGGACCCUGACAUCGCCGCCGCUACUGGAGUCAAAAGAGGAAAUCUGAGCUGCCAUCUUUCCACAAACCCCCAUGCAUGUCCAACACGAAUAUGUAGUGACAGGUUGGUCCUGGUCGCGCGGCAAGAAGAACUCCUGCGGUUGACCACAUUUGGUUAA